AUGGCUACUCUCGUCGGAAUCAACGGCUUUGGCCGUAUUGGCAGAAUCGUCUUCAGAAAUGCGGUCGAGCAUGACGAUGUUCACGUUGUCGCUGUCAACGAUCCCUUUAUUGAGCCUAAGUACGCUGCAUACAUGCUCAAAUAUGACAGCAUUCACGGCAUCUUCAAGGGCACAAUCGAGGUCCAGGGUGAUGCUCUGAUCGUCAAUGGCAAGAAAGUCACAUUCUACAUGAAGAGAGAUCCCGCCGAGAUCCCUUGGUCCGAGACCGGCGCCCAAUAUAUCGUUGAGUCGACCGGUGUCUUCACAACCACAGAGAAGGCUUCUGCCCAUUUGAAAGGGGGCGCGAAGAAGGUUGUCAUCUCUGCUCCCUCCGCUGAUGCUCCCAUGUUCGUCAUGGGUGUCAACCACGAAUCAUACAAGUCCGGCAUUCCCGUCAUCUCCAACGCUUCCUGCACAACCAACUGCCUUGCACCUCUCGCCAAGGUCAUAAACGACAAAUUUGGCAUGAAAGAAGGCCUGAUGACCACCAUUCAUUCGUACACCGCUACCCAGAAGACCGUCGAUGGACCUUCGAGUAAGGACUGGCGAGGUGGCCGUGCCGCGGCUCAGAACAUCAUUCCCAGCAGCACUGGUGCCGCCAAAGCUGUUGGCAAAGUCAUCCCAUCCCUCAAUGGCAAACUCACUGGCAUGUCCAUGCGUGUGCCUACCGCCAACGUGUCCGUGGUGGAUCUCACUUGUGUCCUCGAGAAGCCCGCAUCCUACGACGAAAUCAAGCAAGCCAUCAAGGACGCCUGUGCCACAAAUCUCAAAGGUAUCAUGGCAUAUUCUGAGGAUGACCUCGUCUCCAGUGACUUGAACGGUGACCCCCACUCUUCCAUUUUCGAUGCCAAGGCCGGUAUCGCCCUCAAUGACCACUUUGUCAAGCUCGUUUCCUGGUAUGACAAUGAGUGGGGAUAUUCCCGACGUGUUGUUGAUCUUUUGGCGUACAUGGCCAAGGUUGAUGCAGGGAAGGCCUAG